CAGCUGAAACAAAACAAACGCUUGCAGAAGUUGCUUGGACGGAGACAAGCAGAGCAGCAGCCGCAACAACAACAGCACCACCAACAUCUUCAUCUUCAUCAUCAUCAACAACUGAUUGAACUGACAGCCGUUGUUGCCAUCUUCCCUCUUGUCCAUCUCUUGUCUACUAUUAAAAGCUAGUAUCCUACCAUGACCAAGUCCGAAAGUACCAAACGCCCUCCUAAACUCUACGUGGACGGAGCCGUACUGGGCUACAAGCGUGGUCAACGGAAUCAGUACCAACACGUCUCUCUUGUCAAAAUCAAGAAUGUCGACAACAAGGAAGAUGCCCGAUUCUACUGUGGAAAGAAAAUUGCCUUUGUCACCAAGGCCAGGGGACCCAAGGGCUCCACUUCCAAGAAGGAAUUCCGCGUCCAAUGGGGAAAGGUCUGCCGUCCUCAUGGAUCCAACGGAGUUGUACAAUGCCGAUUCACUCGUAAUCUUCCUCCACAAGCCAUGGGAGGAAGAGUUCGUGUCAUGCUCUACCCUUCCACCAUCUAACUAAAAACACAAGUCAAAUCAGCUUACCACACUCAGUACCGUACUAUUGGAGAGUAAUACUACAAAGUAGUUAUAAUACAAACAACACAAUAGUAGCAAC